AUGGAUGCCCUAGGUGCAUUGGAAAGAAAGGUGAUAUAUACAGAAGCGUCCAGUAUCUAUGAAGCAAUACGACUCAAUCAAAAGGUUAUCUUACUGGAUUCGCGUUCGUUUAUGGUAUAUAAUACCAGUCACAUACAUACUGCUAUAAAUAUAGGUGGUAACAGGGCAUUUCAGAGAAAGUUUUCUCAAAAUCAGGUCCCGUUAGAUUUACUUUUAUGUAAACUGACAAACUUGGAAAACCCUACAGAGUUAAGAAAGUUACCAAUUGUUGUCUACGAUGAGUUUAUCGAUUCUGUAUUGAACCUAAUACCUGGGUGCUUCUUGUUUUCUUUAUUGACGCAAUUGACUCUGAAAUUUCCAGUCGUCUUUCUCCUUAAAGGAGGAUUUUUGGGGUUUCAAGCAUCAUAUCCAGAAUUAUGCUGGAUUAAUACAGAAAAAGUUGCGGGUGAAGAUUUUGCUGAAUAUCACCAGUGUGACUGCCGAUUAGAACAAAUACUAGAUGCCUGCUUAGGUUAUUCAUCUUCUAGUGACUUUUCUGAAAUUUCGGCAUCCGAAUAUGACAUUUUAUCUGCAUCGGCUACGACCACUCAUCCAGCUUCUAUUUCAUCAAUAUCUUCAAUUUCAUCGAAGUCUACUCCAUCUUCUUUUCAAAUUCCAUCGAAGGAACAGUUUCCAGGUGGGAUUUCCAGAACAUUAAGUCCUGAUGUACCUGUGGAUAAUCGUUCAAGAUCGAUUAUAGAAAUGAAAGUUGAUAAUACUGGUAGUACAUUAACUCGUCCGUCUCCAAUUCUGCCACAUUUAAUACUAGGAAGUCAGGAAGAUGCUAAUUCUUCAACUAUUUGUAAACGUUAUGGAAUUACUCAUAUUCUUAAUGUAUCUCUUGAAGGCAGUAUUCCUUCACAUAUUCCCAGUCAAAAUUUUUAUCGAAUUCCUGUGAACGACAAUUAUACUGAUCUCAUGACACCAUACUUCAAAGAUGCUUUUGCAUUUAUUGAGUCUGCUAAAGCAGCCCAUGGACGAGUUUUGAUUCAUUGUUCAGCUGGAAUAUCUCGGUCACCUACUCUAGCAAUUGCCUAUCUUAUGUAUUCAUGUCGAAUGAAAAUGCAUGAAGCAUACGAUGUUGUUAAAUCUGGACGAAACAGCGUUGCUCCUAAUUUUAAUUUUCUUGGACAGUUGUUGGAGUUUGAGCAUCAACUUCAUGAUUCUGGUUGUAGUGAAGCUUCUAUUCCAAUCGAUAGCACUCCGACUUUUGACAGCCCUGCUAGUUUGUGUUCAAUUCUAAGCAUGUCCGCAGAGGUGCAAAGCUCUUCUAUGUUAAAGUCUGGUCUUCAUUCGUCAUCAUUAUCACUAAAUUUAACUCCAACGUCUCCGAAGGUGUUAUCUAAGAAACGGGAAAGACCAACAUACCUUGGUUUGGAGGCUACUUCAUCUUUUGCAGGAGUUUUAGAAGGAUCUGUUGGAAAAAGUUCGCUACACUGUGGGGGUCGAGUCUCAGCGUUAUUGUCACCUACUCAAUCUUCCAAUCCAUUAUUACCGUCUCCUUGCACUGGUUUGUCUAAGCUAGAGAUAUCUUCACCCUUAGAAGAGUAUCGAUCUUUACUGUCUGUUUCUCGUGCUCCAUCGUCUUUUGUUCCUGGACAUGUGCUUCCGGGUCCUGAAUCUGCCAUACAGAUGCUUAAAUUCAAACCUUUUCUUUCAUCUUAUACGAGUUUACAAACUUUGAAAUUUGAACCAUGCUCAACUGUUAUGCCACCACAUCCCAUCCAAUUAACCGCUACACUUUCACCAGCUAGUAUUCUUAGACUUCGUCGUUCAUCAUCGACAGUUGGUACCGCAAGACCAACUUUGCUUGCUCAGCGUCGUCUUUCUUCACAUGCAAGCGCACCACCGACCCCAAGGCCAGUAUCUACCGACGGAAGUCAUCCAGUUUACCGUAGUAUUUUGCAUGCACAUGGAGCAUUUCGUUUACCAAGUAACUUGCCAUCAACUAGUUCAUCUAGAGUGAGAGAGCUUAGUCCUUCCACCCCAAUAUCUCAAGAACCAAAGCUUGAAUACGAACAGCUGCAGAAGUGUAAUGCGAAUGUUGUUGGGAAUGAAUCAUUUAAAAGCCAGGUUUCCCCCACAGCUUGUUCAAAAUUUCUUUCAUGUUGUCGAAAACCUAGUCUACCUGUUAAUUUAUUGCGCUCACAUAGCAAUGAAAGCUUAAACAGAAGCUACAUAAAAAGUGACAAAUUUCAGGGUUGUCUCAUUUCAUCAUCUAGGUGUUUCAAUACAUCUAAUCUCAGUCGUAGUGCCCCAUCACAACGUGAUAUAGAUCUAGUCUUUUUUGGGGAUCAGGGUUAUUCGAAUAAUUCCUCUCAUCUCUUUUCUCUACGCAGGUCUUUACCUGUUCCCGGUGAGCUUACUUCAUCGUCUCCAAUGGAUUCAAAGAGAUUCGACCCUGGACAAUUGUCAACUAACCUAAAAAUAACCAAUAUUGCUACAACCAUGCGGUUAAUACCAAAAGGUACUAGUGUGGAUACUUCUUGUCGACUUCAACAACAAUCCUUUGUGCAAUCAUCUGGUAGUAGCAGUCCUUCACCAUCAGCUAGCCAUAAUUCACCACAUAACAGUAGUAGUUAUAGUCUAUUCCCAAUUUCUUAAAGAGCAUUUUGUCAAGUUGGUUAUAGAAAAAGAAUUGCUUUCAGU